AUGGUUGAACUCUUGUUUUUUCUCUCCUUUUUGGUGGAACUGCAAAGUAAUUGCUAUCAGAUAAAUCUUGAGAACGAACUAAUGAAAAAUGGAAUGAGUUUUAUUUCAUUACUUUUUAAGAAACCAGUUUCAUGGCUGUCUUUUAUCGCCCCACCACUUCUUCACAUCAUAGGGCUUGAUUUCUCGCAAAUCAUCCUUACCUCAGUUGCUGUGUUGUUCUUCUCAUUUUUCUUCUACUCUUUCUUCUUCCCUCUCACAAUCCAAAAACCAAACUCUAUGAAAGACUCCAAGCUUCGAGCUAAGGAUCUUAGUCUUGGUCAACAAGACACUUUACGGCACAUUGAAAUAUCUACGAGCACUUAUGAUAUUGUUAAAAAUAAAGAUGAAGAAGACGGAACAAUUCCUGAUGAGGAAAGCCUCAUAGAGCUCUCCUUACCAAGCGGUCACUACGUUGGCCAGCACUUCAGUACUAUGACUGGUCAUCAAAAUUUGGGGCGUAUCCAACUAUUAGCCGAGUCUGAAGACGAUAAUCUGAUCGAAAUCGAUAUUUCAAUCGGAUCCAUCAAAUGUUCCAGGUUUCAGAUCAACGCCUAAUACAUAAUCAUUUUUUCUACAACUACGA